UUAGCGGAACGGACAUUAGCGGAAACUAAAUUCACAAUAUGCCAUGUUGAUAGAAACAGGAUUGCUAAAAUACAACUCUGUGCAGCUUUGAUUUCUAAAAUGAUUUCUAAUUUUACAGAUUUUGAUAUAGAUGAUAGACUCGUUAAAGCUAUUUCCAAGCUUGGAUGGGCUACUCCAAGUGAAAUACAGAAGCGAGCAAUUCCUCCUGCUUUAGAAGGAAAGGAUAUAAUUAUACGUGCCAAAACAGGUUCUGGAAAAACAGCAGCGUAUCUAAUACCGUUAAUUCAAAAAAUAUUGAAGAAUAAAGAAUCAAACAAACCUAAAACUUUAAGUGUUGUUUUAGUUCCCUCUAAAGAGCUUUGUAAACAAUCUUAUCGAAAUGCGCUCGAUCUCACCUCGUAUUGUUCUAAACUUGUUUCAGUUGUAGACUUAGGAAAUUCCACAGUUCAGAGUUCUUCUUCUUUAAUUAAUAAUGCUGAUAUUUUAAUUAGUACACCAAGUAAAAUCCUUGCACAUAUAAAUAAUAAAACAAUUAAUCUAAAAGAUUUUUUAGAUUAUCUUAUACUUGAUGAAGCUGAUAUGAUGUUUUCAUAUGGUUAUGAGCAAGAUUUAAAAACAAUUACAACUUCAUUGCCUAAAAUUUACCAAGCAUUGUUAGUGUCUGCAACAAUAAGUGAAGAUAUAAAAUGUUUAGAAGCAUUAAUUCUUAACAAACCAGUUAUUUUAAAGUUAGAGGAGUCACAUUUACCAGAAAAGGAGAAGCUUAACCAGUUUGUUAUUAAAUGUGAGUCAAGUGAUAAGUAUCUUCUUAUUUAUGCUUUGUUCAAAUUAAACUUGGUGCAAGGUAAAACAUUAAUAUUUGUCAAUUCUAUUGAUAGAUGUUAUCGAUUAAAGUUAUUUCUUGAACAGUUUUACAUUCGUACAUGUGUUUUAAACUCUGAAUUGCCUCAAAGCUCAAGAAUCCACAUAGUUGAUGAAUUUAAUCGUGGUGUUUAUGAUAUUGUUAUAGCAACAGAUGAAGCUGUUGUUAUUAAUACAAAUUUAUCAAACAUAAAUCAGAAUAAAGAGAAAACAAAAAAAAAUAAAAAAGCAAUGAAAACUAAAAAAGAUUAUGCUGUUGCUCGAGGAAUUGAUUUUCAAGAUGUCGACAAUGUUCUUAAUUUUGAUUUUCCAGAAACUGGAGAUGCAUAUAUACACCGAGUUGGAAGAACAGCACGUGGAAAUAAUCAUGGCACAGCCCUAUCCUUUGUUGCAAGUAGUGAAGAUCAAAAGCAUUUAAUGACGGUUGAGGAAAAACUUAAAACAGAUGUCAUUGCUAAAGAAAAUGCAUUAAAACCGUAUAAUUUUAAAAUUGAAGAAAUUGAAGGUCUGCGCUAUCGUGUCAAUGAUGUCAUUAAUAGUGUUACUCGGAUCAAAGUUAAAGACGCAAGAUUUAAAGAAAUUAAAAGUGAGAUUUUGCAUUCAAAUAAAUUAAAAAUGUAUUUUGAAGAGAAUCCAAAAGAUCUCAGAGUACUUCGACAUGAUAAAAUACUGAAACCAACUGAUCAACAGCCUCAUAUGAAAGACGUACCUGAAUAUCUUGUACCUAGUUCUUUAAGACAUAUCAUGGUCAAAUCUAAAAGAAAACGUAAGCAAUCAAAUAUUCAACAUGAAAAGAUAAAAAAGAAAAAGACAGACCCGUUAAAAACUUUUAAAUAUAAGUAAAAUAUUUAAUAUUUUUGUAUUUUAUUUUUCUUUAGUUUAUAAUCAAACUCAUGAAAUGAACUGA